AAGAGUAGAGGAAACUGAGGCUUGAUUCGGGAUGAAGAAUGUAAUAAUAAUGCUGUAUGACUUACACCAGUAACUUAUAACUGAGCUGUUGUUGUACAUUUAACUGAGAAGUGGCAGAAUGGGGGCAGACCACAGUACUCAGCAGCUCCCAGCAGGUGCCCCAGGGAGUUCCCUACGGUCACAGAGAGAUGAGGAUAUCCCUUACACAUCCUACGCCAUCAGUAAACCUAUAGAUUCUAAUUCUCCCAGGCUCUCACCUCGUAAUGUCCCAUCAUCAGCCGUGAAAUCCAGACCACCAAGCCAGAGAGAAAAAGAACUGACAGAAACAGGGACCCAGAAACAUGACAUCAUUGUCGUAGCCGACGGCAAUGUGAUCGAGAAAGAUCCUGACCCAGAAUUAACAAAACUAAACACCAUUCCAGUGUUUUAUCCGAUCAUGCGUGGUUCAUUGAACAUUCCCACCAGCUCUCGUGACCUUGACCUUUUAGAUAAGAUGGGUCAUGAACAGUUGCUAUUUUUGUGUGUGAGGUACCAAGAACAUUUAAAACAACUGGCUGAGUCUGUGACAUUUGACCAGAAUGCUCUGUGUGUUAGAAUUAAAGAGAUUGAUUGUGCAAUACAGUUUUUACUGGGAGUGAUGCAGGACAAACAAAAGAAAUACAACAAGCAUGCCGACCAGUUUCAGCGGAUCUCUGAAACGCUCUCCAUUCUUAACCGGGUCAAGGACAGCAUGCAGAACCUGGUUCCUAAGAUGGAACGUCUGAACCAGAUGUUGCCACCGGAGGACCGACUUGAACCACUGAGUCUGAAGAGCCAGUUGUUAGAACGGGAUCCUGAUGAGGAGCAAGGGAACCAGUAAAAUGUAGAACUAGUUUAUGCAGAACUGCAGGACACUUUUAUGUUUAUUGUUUCUUACCCUGAUAACUUAUUUUUUUAAUGGACUUAAAUUUUAGUUCUUAGUUGUUUUGAAACUUUAAUUUAUAAUUUGAUUUUCUAGCUUCCUUUGGAAGGUUUGAUAUUUAUUUAUUAUGGAGAAAUUAGAUAUUUAUCAAGUGUGAGAAACAGAGUGUUCAAUUUAUCACAAGAAACAAAAUUGCUUUCAAUUGACUGCUUUAUUUAGUCUAAAAAGAUGAUUUCACAUGCAUACAAUUGUAUUUGUAUUUUUUUUUCAUGUAUAUAUUCUUUUUAAAUUUACUGCAAUUUUUAUAUCAAGUCUGUAUCUAGAUUAUUUACAUAUAUCUUAGAGAUAUCACUGUGUGAUAUCCUUUACAAGUGAGAAUAUAUAAUUACAAUAUAUGCAUAUAGUAGUGAUAUGCAUUUCCACAUUCAUGCCCUGCCAGGUACAAUGUAAUGAUCAAGGCAUAUAGUGUUACCCCUUUCCAUCUGUCACAGUUAGUUGUUCAAACUUUUUUCCUUUGAAUACUUCAAUAAAUGCAUGUUUAUUGAUCAGUUUUCAAGAGAGUUAUUGCCCUUAGACCUUUGAAAAUUUCUAAUUUUUGACUGUUGAGCUGGUAUAUAAUGGGCUAAUUGUUGGUGUGUCUCUUGAUUUUAAUGAGUUAAUUAUUAAGGUAAAAUUUAAGGACAGUUGAUACCAAAAAAAAAAAAAAAAAAAAUUAAAAAAUGGAUGUAUGGAUUGAUAUUCAUAUUUUAGAACCUAUUUUUAAUUAUUUAUGAAUGAUACAAACAUCAAAUUUAAAAGAAAUAAGAAAUUGUAAACUUUCUGUGAAUUGUUCAAAAUUUUUACCUUUCUGCCAUCACCCUUAUAAAAAUAUACAACUGUAUAUUACUUUAU